AUGACAUCACAGCACAUGUCUGACAUGGAGGAGAUUUUGAAUUUCUUCACCAACUUGAAGAAGAAAAUUCAAGAUCAAACUAAGAUAAUGGCGAAUAACGAAAGUGAAUUAAAAGAAAUUAUCAGAAAAGGGCGCGCUGUUGCUGCAACCCUUGGAAAGAUAUGCGACCGCACACAGUUGGGUGCCGUCGUUAAAAAAGGCCAAACUUCAAAACUGGACAUGGACCUGGAUCACAAUGUCAAACAAGGGCAAACUAUAAUUCAGAACCUUAACAGUGAAAGUUCUGUAAAUGAUCUGAAUCGUGCUCUAACUGAAUCCGUAGAACUGUUUGGACGGCCAAACCAAAAUGGUCCAAAGGCAAAGAAAAAAAGGAUCCAGUCCAGCUUCAAAGUCAAAUGUCCACAAAAAGCAAAGCCUUCUACUACACAUGGAGUCAAAUCAAGGCCAUGUCCAAAGCCAUGUCCAAAGCCAGCAGAAUGUUUUCUAGACCAGGCUCCAGCCCAGGCUCCAGAUCAUGGUUCUCUUGUAGAUGAGUUGCAAGAGCUUCUGUCAGCUGCUAGUUCUAACCUCCACUUUGAGGGAACCCCACAUUCAACAUCACUGCAUUGGGGCGCAAGGACAGCAGCUUCUUCUGAGAGAUGGAGGGAGGCUAGACCAUCUUUAAUCAGCAACAGGCUUGCAACAGAGCAUAUUAAGGAACAGCUGUGUUUGGAGUGCAAGAAGAAUGUGGCAGUUGUCAAGUGCAAAGACUGUUUGCCUAAGCAGUAUACCUGCAUUGACUGUGACACUGCAAUACAUCGUACACAAGUGUUCCACAACAGAACCACCAUGAUUUUCGGGUUCCACAAGGCUGUACCUCCCACCACAGUGGUGAAGCAGGACUCUGAUGGGCAAUACUUUCACCAUCAUGAAGAUCGCCUAUUACCAAUGGCACUACCUAAUUCCAUAUGCAGUUGUGGAGAAGAAAAGUACAGCGUUGGAAUAGGGAGGUCUAUUACUGUAAUCAACAUGAAGGGUCGCUACGAACUGUCAUUGCCCCAUCUUCGCUGUGAGCAAUGCAGAGAAACAUGGAUACCAGGUGUGCUAGAAAUGCAGAAGAGUGGCUACUGGCCUGCAACUGUAAACUUCUGCACCAUUUAUGAUGAGGAAGUAUUCAUGUCCUUCGAAGACUUGAAAAUGGCUGCUCCAGGAUUGUCCCGUUUAGCAUUUAUAAGAAUGCUUGACAUGAAGACAGUGCACUAUGGCAGAAUCGGCACUUUAUGUGGUGAUGCGUUUUUGAAGAGUUAUUUUGAGUGGUCCAUCUGCCGUUAUGAGGUUGACAAGAUCUGUGGUGAACAACAUUUCAUGUGCCCUGCUUGUACCCCACUAAUGCUGGCAGUUGCUGUGGAUGGCAACAGAAAACUUCAUCGUUUCAAAAAGGCUGGGAAUUCAGAGGACUCUGGCUACUUCGAAGGGUUGUUUCUUUGCAAGGAUGAGGAUGUAUCCUCUUUUGUUCAAUAUAUCCGCAAUAAAGUGCAACAUGUGGGAGGCAAAGGUGUUUGUGGAGCUGCGGAGUUUGCAGCUGCGAAAGAGUUUUCCAGAAAGACCAGCAGUAAAUUGGAUGAGGAGGGAGUUGAAGUUGCUGUCUGUAGGCAUGGUGUUCUUUUGAAGGCACUCAAUAUGUUCAGAGGAGAGAUCUAUGCAUAUCCUUUGUACUUGCAGAAAGAGCUCUGCACAGAAAAUGCAACUUUCUUUUGUGCUGACAUUAUGUGCAAAUACUGGCCAUACUUGAUAAAAGUUUGCCAGGCCUGCCCAGAACUGAGACAUCUUCUAAAUAUGAAACCAUUCCUUUCGGUUAUGCAUGCAAAAGUACAUGGCAUAAAAUGUGAGAUCAAAUGGAGUGGUAGCUUUCAAACGGGUGCUGCAUAUACCAUGGGGGAAGAAGUAGAACAAACAAAUAGCUUUUUAUCAAGAAUUGGUAUAAGCACGAAGUUCAUGUCUAAAGCAGGUCGCACAGAUUUGCUCACAUUGCAGUGUAUGGGGUGGAACAAAAUGAAGACUCAAAAUAUGUGCCAAACUAUUUGCACACGAUACCAAAAGGCAAUCUUUAUUUAG